ACAGCGCAGAAGUAAUCUCAGCCCUGUAUGCUCUUCACAUGGUCUCCUGGGUAGGAGGAUCUGCAAGGGGUCAGCGUUAAAAAAAAAAUACACGCGCCUUGGGAAUUUCCCGAUCAUUCUUUAUUAUCUCGCGUUGUAAGAGUUUAUGAGACACAGAGUCGGAGGAGGGAGAUUUUUAAACUCGCAUGCCAGACUGUCUGAGCACUUGACCGAGCACAGAGAACCGUGAGCUGCGAUCAAACCCAGGCGGUUGAUAUCAUCAUCAUCAUCCAGAGAGAGAGAGAGAGAGGGACAGGGAAAGGAAGCAGACCCUUCUUGGACAGAUUAAAGCAGGCUGUAUAAUCCCAGUGAAAAGGCCUUAUUUUACAGCAAGGGCCUGUGUCCGGCUGGAAAAAGUUGGAGACAUUUGUGCUUGAGUUUUGAAGCAUCUGGAUUUCACUUGAGUGCAGAGACUAGAGCUUCAGCAGAAGUAUGGUCCGGUUUGAGGCUUGGAUCCUUAAUGGGCUUCUGGGUCUGAUGUGGGCAGUACCAAUCUGGAUGAGCUCUGAGGAGUUGUGCACAUCUCUGGAAACUCUGAAAGAUGAGCUGAGUUCAACAUUAAGGAAACGAUAUUUGAAACAUAACUUCCCUAUUAACUACACCAUUCAAGUGCGUUAUGAAGAGGUCUUCCGACUGAAAAACAUCAGUAGGCUGAUGAACGAUUCUGCAGAUAUGAAGGAUCUCCAAGAUUUGUGGGUCAAGAUCACUGAGACAAGCAUAAAGAGCAUUUUGCAAGUGCUGCCAGAGAGACACCCAACGCGCCGUAAAUACCUUGCAAACCUUGAUUCCCUGUUCACAGCCAUCCAGUCAAACUACCCGAAAGAGAACUUUGAUGAGAAAGAGCAUCCAGAAAGCAUUGAGAACAUUUGGAAACAAUUGGGGGACCCGGAUUAUCCAAGACAGAAAUCUGUCACACCUAAAUCCUUACUCGACAACUGUUAUCGGACCAUGCACUGCCUAUUCGAGGACUGCUUCUCAAAGAACGGCAGCCAAUAUGACUACUGCAACACUCAGCACUGGAGAAAAGGGAAAGGAACACAGGGCUGAUAGAAGGGUUCCAUAAAUGAGGAUUUUCUACUGGCAAAUGCGCAAAGGCCAUGAGCACUUAUUAGCGCUCACAAAGGUGUUGCUCAUCAGCAUACAAACCAUCUAUGCUUACCUUCAUCCAUCCAUCUUACACAAAAUCCAACACGAGUACAGAUGUGUGUGUGGAGUUGAGCAGCUCAUGGCUUUCCUUUUGCUAUAGCAUAUUCUGUCUCUAUAACUAUAGCUAACUCAACCAUUUGCUCCCUGGAUUCACAGUACCAAAAAGGAAUUUAAUGGUGUUCUUGAUGUUCUUGAUCCUAUGUGGCAAAAAUAGCAAUGAGUGUGUGUGUGUGUGUGUGUGUGUGUGAGUGUGUGUGCUGUGACCUUCUACAGGUAAUAGAAGUGGGCAUAAUAUGUGUAUAUGUGUAUGUAUAUUGCAUGCAGAUGUUUUGCUGACUGCUGGCUAAGUCAGCAAAUUCCUGUUUCCUUUGCUGUGCGCUUUAAUAUAAGCUACUAAUGAUGUACCAAAAUAUUACACAUCUGUAGUAAUACAUUUUCAUCGAUGUUAAUUGUUUUUAAAAUGCAUUUUAUGUGUGUUAUUUAUUUAGAGACUUCUACAGAAUGUUCUAGUAACUAUGUUGGAGAAAAAAAAUAAACGUUCCUCUGGCUCCCCCAUGUGGUCAGGUGGAAAUUUUUCUGCAA